AUGACGCACACCUACAAGUUCAACGUUGCCAUGAGCUGCGGCGGCUGCUCUGGCGCUAUUGAGCGCGUCCUCAAGAAGCUCGAGGGUGUUGAGUCCUACAACGUCUCGCUCGAGAACCAGACCGCCGAGAUCACCGCCGCCGAUUCGCUAUCCUACGACACCGUCCUCGAGAAGAUCAAGAAGACUGGCAAGACCGUCAAGUCCGGUGAGGCUGACGGUGAGGCCAAGGACAUCUAG